CUGCAAUGAAGUCCAAACAACAACAACAACAUGGGAAGAACAAGCUUCAGAGGCUUCAUUGCUCCGUUAAGAACUAUGAUUGGGGUCAACCAUGCAGUGAUUCCCUUGUUGCCAAGCUCUUUUCCAUGAAUUCUGGGUCCCAGUUAGAUCUGAAUGAGCCUUAUGCAGAAUUUUGGAUGGGAACCCAUGAAUCAGGACCCUCUUUCCUUGUCUUUGAUGGUUCAGAAAGAGUGACCCUUAAGUCGUGGCUUUUGGAGAAUCCUAGCGUGCUUGGACAAAAGGUUUUGGACAAGUGGGGUGGUGAUCUCCCUUUCUUGUUCAAGGUUCUCUCAGUGGCCAAGGCCUUGUCUAUACAGGCUCACCCUGAUAAGGAAUUGGCAAGAACUUUGCAUAAGUUGCACCCUGAUAUUUAUAAAGAUGGCAAUCAUAAACCAGAGAUGGCUCUGGCUGUGACAGAGUUCGAGGCUCUAUGUGACUUUGUCCCUCUUAAGGAGCUAAAGGCCGUGCUUAUUAACCCUGAGAUUGUCGAACUGGUUGGUGUUGAAAAUGUUAAAUCAAUCUUACAAACCACUGAUCAGGAUGGUGAAGAGAAGAUAAAACCUUUAUUGAAGACUGUUUUCACUGAUCUCAUGUCAGCAAGUAAAGAGAGAGUAACUGGUGUAGUAGACAGAUUGAGAACUCGUCUGCAUAAGGAAAGACAGGUGAGGCAGUUGACAGAUAAGGAGCAGCUGGUGCUGAGGUUGGAAAAGCAAUACCCAGGUGAUGUUGGUGUCAUAGCGUCCUUCUUUCUUAACCAUGUAAAACUCACUCCAGGUGAAGCCUUGUUCCUUGGGGCAAAUGAACCGCAUGCAUAUAUUUGUGGUGAGUGCAUUGAAUGCAUGGCAACUUCAGACAAUGUUGUGCGAGCUGGGCUUACUCCUAAACACAGAGAUGUUCAAACUCUUUGUUCCAUGCUCACAUAUAAACAGGGUUCUCCAGAGAUACUGAGAGGAGUUCCUCUAAAUCCAUAUGUAAAUAGAUACCUUCCACCGUUUGAGGAAUUUGAGAUUGAUUGCUGUAUUCUUCCUCAAGGGGAAAAAGUGGUGUUCCCUGCAGUUCCAGGCCCUUCUAUAUUUUUGGUCACAGUUGGUGAUGGAAUGAUGAAUUCAGAAUCUCUAAAAGAACAUCAAGUCACUGAAGGGGAUGUUCUUUUUGUAGCAGCCAACACUGAGAUUAUUGUUAUCAGUGCAUCUGAUUUGCAUCUGUACAGGACCGGGGUUAAUAGCAGAUUCUUUCAAGCUUCCUAAGUUUCAAUGCCA